UCAUUCCUAACCUCCAAACAAAACAACACAUUCUCUCUAUCUCUUCAUUACUAACACUACUAAACCACCACCAGCUUCCAAAAAUGGUGGGUCAGGUCACCAACGAGCCCAUCGACGGAACCUACAACCGGGCCAAGGAAAUCAAGCAAUUCGAAGACACCAAAUCCGGCGUCAAAGGCCUCGUCGACUCUGGCGCGACGAAGAUCCCGAAGUUCUUCGUCCACCCACCGGAGACCGUGCCAACGUCGCCGCGACCGGACGCAGCCGUUGGGCUCGAGCUCCCCUCGAUAGACUUCUCGGGGGCGGAGAGCGCGGGGGGCGAGAGGCGGAGGGAGGUGGUGGAGGAGAUACGGAAGGCGGCGUCGACGUGGGGUUUUUUCAGGAUGGUGAACCACGGGGUGCCGGUCGAGGCUAUGGACGCGAUGCUGGAAGCCACUAGAAGGUUCCACGAGCAGGCGACGGAGGAGAAGAAAGCGUUGUACUCCGGUGAUGGGAGGCUGAAGGUGAGGUUUACUAGUAAUGUGCCCACGCGUGAGUCGGAAGUCGGUUGCUGGAGGGAUAUCUUGACUUGUGUUUUCCAAGAUGAUAACUUGGAUCCUCAGAUUCUUCCUCCUGUUUGCAGAAAAGAGGCGCAAGACUAUGUGAAGCACAUGAUCAAACUGAGGGAGACAAUGGCUGAGUUACUCUCAGAGGCAUUAGGGUUAACCAGUGACUACCUUUCAAAUAUCGAGUGCAUGAAAAGUGAAGCCAUGGCAUGCCUCUACUACCCAUUUUGCCCUCAGCCGAACCUCACCAUGGGCAACGCCAAACAUUCAGACACAACUUUUCUAACAGUUUUGCUCCAAGAUCACAAAAUUGGUGGUCUCCAGAUUCUGCACCAAAAUGAAUGGGUUGACGUCCCUCCGGUCCAUGGAACCCUCAUUGCCAACAUCGGGGAUCUUAUGCAGAUAAUUUCGAACGACAAGUUCAAGAGCGUGGAGCACAGAGUGCUGGCUCAACCGAUAGGACCCAGGCUCUCGGUUGCGUGUUUCUUCCACCCCGGCAGCAAUGCGGUUUCUAAGCCGUUUGGACCCAUAAAGGAGCUUCUAUCGGAGGAGAAUCCCCCUCUUUACAGAGAAUUCCUAGUCCAUGAAUACAUUACCUAUUACAAGCUCAACUAUGGACUAAUUGCCUCUGCCCUUCCUCACUACAGACUGUGAAUUGAAUGACUCCGAUGGCCUGGCCGGCUCGUGAUGUAUUUGUAUUUCCAACUGAAUAACAAAAUAGUAUCAUGCUCUAAUAUUGUUCUUCAUUAAGAGUUACAAUUUGAUGGCUGUUCCAUUACCCAUGAGAUAUAAUUUCACUACCGUUACUUGUAUAAGAGCAGUGCAGAAGUAUAAUGAAUAAAUUGAGGAAGAACACAGCGCGUUUUCAAA